UCACUGGAGGUCUUAGAAAGUCCCAAGGAUUUGAUGAAGCAGGAUCAAUAAUGGCAUCCGAAAAUGUGAGCAAAAGCAACCAGCUAGUAAAUACGAGCGCUGAGGUUAGUCGCGAAGAUGGAAAACCACUUUUGAAAGUAGACAAUCCCGGACUUUCUUCUUCUAGUUCUUCGGAUUUUGGCAAUGGCGAUCUUCAUGAUGAUUCUUCUGCCAAAUCUGAACAAGACGGGGCUCUUUCAUCUGAACCAGAAUCCUUAUCAUCAGCAGAUGUCUCACAGACACAGUGGAGCAUGAUAAGUGCAUCUCCACGGGCUGGAAGCCCACUUCUUUUAUCACAAGAAUUGGCACCCCAGAUUCCAGACUGGAAUGCAUUCAGUACAAUGAAAUCUCCUCCAGUUCAAACAAUGGGGCGUCCCACAGGUUAUGAUCCAAAUCGGAUUCCAGUGUCUAUUUUUUCGACUAAAAAAACAGGGAAUAUGGAUUGGAGUGUUGCUUCGAACGAAUCACUUUUUAGCAUUCAUAUGGGAAAUAACAGCUUCUCUAGAGAUCAUGCCAUGUUCCUUGGCAAGUCUGGAGAAUUGUCGCGGAUUGAAGAAUGGAACAACUCAUCAUCCAAUCUUCAAUAUGUUCCUGAAACUAAAUCCGGUGAGUUGAACAGCUGCCUUUCCAGCCUUCCCCCGCUCAUUGAAGUAACAGCAGACGAAGAAAAUUGUGUAAAAUUAGGGGAGACUUAUAGAAAAGGACAAGAGAAUUCUGGUUCAAACCCAAAGAUGGCUCCGAGAAAAACCGUAAAGGAUCUAGAAAAUAAAAGGCCAUCCAUGACUGAAGAAGUUCAUCUUCCACCUAGUAUCUCUAAUGUGUCGGAUGGUAAAGUAACUACUCGUUUUCCAUCGAGCCCCCCUCGUCCUUCUGACGACAGUGGAAACAGCAGCAGCUCGUUUGCUUUCCCAUUAUUGGUAAAUGAUGGAGGGAAAACUGGCUCGUUGAAGUCAGUAUCUAAGGAACCCGAAAAACAACAAUCAGAAUCAAAACCUUCUGAUGCAACACCAAAAGCCUCGGAGACAAGAUGGUUUUCUCGCUUCUCCUGUUGGCCUUUCUGCCGUUGAGAUACUUUUGUAUCUAGUUAUUUACUGAAUUUGCAUUCUGGGACUAUCAGCAUAGAAGGAUGAUAAUGUGUUGUGGUCCACAACAAAAAAUGAGAGGCUUUUAGCUGUGAAACUGCCUGCCUAUCGAUGAAUUGUAAACUAACGGAGUGCCCUGCAUAAUUUGUGCCUCGAUUGUUGAUGUUGUAUGAUAAAUUUGUCAUAGCAUGAAUACUUCAUGUCGAUCAUUUGUUUUGAUUUGUAAAAUCGUUUCCUCAUGUGACGAAAAU